UUCCAACGUUUUGUUAAAACAUGUUACGAGUUUAGUAACAUUUUCAAUAGGUUCAUCAGUUACUUCUUUUUCUGAUAUGUUUAGCUUCAUGGAUUCCUUUCUUUAUGUGGUAAUGGACAAGCUUUCAUACAUGCCCAUUGACCUGCACAAAUUCUCAAGUGUUUGGAGAGAAGAUGCUUGAAGAAUGGCACCAGAUCAUUUCUCAAACUUUGAAGGAAUAUAUAGAAUUCUUCGCCCACCUACUCUUAUAUUUGCAGGGUGUUCUGUGCUUGUAGCUCUAGUUCUCUCCAGUCUUCUCAUUUUUCAACAUCUUCAAUCUUAUACCAAUCCUGCAGAACAAAAGUGGAUUGUUGCUGUUAUUUCAACAGUCCCUGUCUAUGCCACCGAUUCUAUUAUUUCUUUGUGGUAUCCAAGACUAUCUCUAGCAUGUGACAUUUUAAGAAACUACUAUGAAGCCUUUGCCCUGUAUUCUUUUGGCAGAUACCUGAUUGCUUGUCUUGGUGGUGAAGCAAAGGUUAUAGAAUUACUUGAAGAUCAAUAUGGAGAACACCUUAAUAAACCAUUGUUGGAUGGUUUAGAUGAGAAUCGUGGCAUAGAACAUAGAUCAUUUUGCAACUUCUUUCGGCAUCCAAGCAAGCUUGGAAAAGAUCUUCUCACAAUAGAAAAAUUUGGCCUUGUUCAAUAUAUGAUCCUGAAGACAGUUUGUGCAUUAUUAGCGAUUAUAUUGGAACCGUUAGGUGUUUAUGGUGAUGGGGAAUUCAAGUGGUACUACGGGUAUCCAUACAUAGCAGUUGUAUUGAACUUCAGCCAGAUGUGGGCAUUAUACUGUCUUGUUCAGUUCUAUAAUGUUACCCACGAGAGCCUUCAACCAAUAAAGCCACUUGCAAAGUUCAUCAGCUUCAAGGCUAUUGUGUUUGCUACUUGGUGGCAAGGUGUUGGUAUCGCUGUAUUGUGUACAUUUGGAGUGAUACCCAAGGAGGGAAAAUUCCAAACUGCAUUGCAAGAUUUCUUAAUUUGCAUAGAGAUGGCCAUUGCAGCAGUUGCUCAUGUGUUUGUAUUUUCUGCAAAACCAUAUCAUUUUCUUCCUUCUGCAUAUGAAAAAGUCACAAAGGAAACAACAGAAGCAGCCCUGGAGAUAGAUGAAGGGAAGAAGAAGAAGCCAGCUGUGGUUGAAGAGAUAACUACUAAAGUUGAGGCUCCAAGAACUAGUGUCACAGAGAGCGUCCAGGAUAUUGUUGUUGAAGGUGGUCAACGAGUUGUCAAGGAUGUUGUACUGACAAUAAAUCAAGCAAUAGGGCCUGUGGAAAAGGGAGUGACGAAAAUUCAGCAAACCUUCCAUCACAAAUCGGUGGUUUCAUCAGAUGAUGAAGAAAAAUCAGAUAUUCAAGACGAGAAAGAUGUCACAAAAUCUUAGCGGUACAGGGAACAAAAUUGCAAUGGUGUACCUAACUAUCUAACUAAUGCUAGGACUUAGAGAAUAGAUGGAAUAAAUAUCAUUUUCGGGUACUUACCAAAAGGACAAAAUGAUAUAUAUUUCCUUUUGUUUUGUUUAUUUUUAAA